AUGAAAAACGAAAGGGCUCUACAAAGCUUUACACAGUCAUUUGAAAUGUUAUUAAAGUCCAAUAGAGAUGCCUUGGUACAGCUACAAAAUACUAAGCUCGCAAUUAGUCGAUUAAAGGUUCCGAAUUUGUGGAGACUCUUAAGGUCACCUUUAUUAAGAGAAAAGAUGAUAACGAUAUAUUUAAGCCUGCCUAUUUUAAUAGUAGGACGCAGAUUGUAAUCAACCCCAAUGAUUUUAUAUCAAGUCUGCAACUGUUGCAGCAGCAGAUACUAAACGGUAUAGCUGUUUGGCUGUCUGAGGGUAGUGGAUGGGUUAUUAACAGCAUUGAUGAACAAUAUAUUAAUACAGUUGUGUAUGACCCAUUGAAAAGGUCCUCUUAUGUACCAUUACUAACUGAACUUCAACAUUCUAAAAAGGGUUUGGUUAACAUUAAAAAUGAGGACAAUGAGUGUUUUCGUUGGUGCCAUAUUAGGAAUUUAAAUCCACAAAGAAAAGCCCCCCAGCGGAUCAAAAAAUCGGAUGAAGAGAUAUUACUAGAAUUGUAUUAUGAGGGUAUUGAGUUUCCUGUUGCUGUAAAAGAUUAUAGCAAACUUGAGUGGAAAAAUUAUAUCAAUAUCAAUGGUUUUGGCUAUGAAAACAAACAAUUUUACCCUAUUUAUGUAUCCAAAGAGGGUAAUGAAGAUGUUUUGAACCUGCUUUUGAUAACAAAGGAUGAGAAGAAACAUGUUUUGAUUAAGGUCUUUAAUAGCUUAAUGUUUCAUAAGACCAAGCAUGAACACAGAAAGCAUUUUUGUAUGCAUUGCCUGCAAUGUUUUGGCAGCAAAGAGAUACUUGCCGAGCAUAAGACCAACUGUAUGGUUACCAACGGUGAGCAGACUAUCAGGAUGCUAGAGAAAGGUAAGAGUACAUCGAAAUUCCACAAUGAUCACAAGCAGAUGUCAGUGCCAAUUGUAAUCUAA